GGGGCUUUCGUGCAGCUCGUUCAUUUCACGCCCCGCCGUGCUCCCAGUAUAUGGUGAAUGGGCCCGUCACUAUUCCUCCCCCCCCUCGAUCUUUCUCACUCUCCCUUCCAUUAACCUCUUGUCCCUUUGGCUUCGCCCUGCGGCAUCGCUAAAUCUGUCAAGUCCUUAAUCGGGAUUGACUAUUAGAUCAGGCAACUGUUCAGUCUCAUCGUCAUCCGUGCAGUGGACUUAGGUUGAUCCUAUUCAUUACACAUCGCUUCACAUAUUAGCCAUGGCACCUGCCGAGAACACGAAGGCUCAGGAGCCGAAGAAGGAGGGUCCCCCUCAGCUGUCUGAUGUUGCUGAUAUCAUCGACGAAGGCACCUUUGAGCAAAUUCUGGAAAUGGAUGACGAUGACGAACGUGAAUUCAGCAAGGGCAUUGUCUACGGAUUCUUCGAUCAGGCCAAGACUACAUUUGAAAAGAUGGAGAAGGCUGUUGCGGAUGAGGACUUGGAUGAUCUUUCAUCUCUUGGUCACUUUUUGAAGGGCUCCUCGGCCACUCUGGGUCUCACUCACGUUAAGGACGGCUGUGAAAAGAUUCAGCACUUCGGCGCCCGCAAGGACGAGACCGGGUCUACAACACAGCCCGACGAUAAGAUUUCGCUCAAAAAAAUCGAUACCACCGUGAAGGAGGUGAAGGUCGCUUACGCUAAAGUCGAGCGAUUCCUGCGCCGAUACUACGGCGAGGACCUCAAGCCCGAGGAAGAAGAGAAGGAGGAGGAGAAAGAGGAGGUGAAGGAAGAAAAGAAGGACGACAAGGAAGAAGCGAAGAAGGAGGAGAAGAAGGAGGAGUCCAAGGACAAAGAGCCCAAGAAAGCCUAG